CCCUUUAAGUAUGAUAUAGUGUCCCUUUACAUCUCUUACUACAGUCUUUGGUUUAAAGUCUAGUUUGUCUGAUAUGAGAAUUGCUACUCCAGCUUCCUUUUGAGGUCUCUUGGCACGAUAAAUGGUUCUCCAUCACCUCACUUUCAAUCUGGGGGUGUCUUUAGGUUCAAAGUGAGUCUCUGGUAGAGGGCAUAUGGGUGGGUACUGUCUUUUUAUCAAUCUGAAAUCCUGUGCCAUUUCAUUGGAGCAUUUAGGCCAUUCACAUUGAGAGUAACUAUUGAAAGAUAUGAAUUUAGUGCCAUUAUACUGCUUCUAAAGUCCUUGUUUCUACAGAUUGACUCUGUAAAUUUCUGGUCUAUAUUACUCUUGGGGUCUUCUUUUAUAGAAUCCCCCUUAAUAUUUCUUGCAGGGCUGACUUGGUGGUCAUAUUCUUUCAUGUUUCACAUACUCUUUCAUGUUCAGCUGGUCCUGGAAGCUCUUUGUCUCUCCAUCCAUUCUGAAUGACAGACUUGCUGGAUAAAAUAUUCUUGGGUGCAUGUUCAUCUCACUUAGUACCAUGAAUAUGUCUUGCCAGCCCUUUCUGGCUUUCCAGGUCUCUGUGGACAGGUCUAAGAUUAUUCUGAUAUUCCUCCCUCCAUACGUAAGAAAUCUCUUCCCCUAGCUGCUCUCAGCAUAGCUUCCUUGGCUCUAAGAUUCACAAGUUUCACUAUUAUAUGACUGGGUCUUGGUAUUAUUGAUCUUGGAAGGGGUCCUCUCUGCCUCUUGGACAUGGAUGCUUAUCUCCUUCCCUAGAUUAGGGAAGUUCUCAGCUAUGAUUUGGUCAAAUAUACCUACUAGCCCUCUUUCUCCACCCCCUCAGGGAUACCAAUAAUUCUGACACUGGAACAUUUAUGGCAUCCUUCAUCUCUCUAAGUCAGUUCUCAUGGGCUUCCAGCUGCCUAUCCCUAUCCUCCUUGGCUUCCUUCCUUCCUAUCAGCCUAUCUUCUAGAUUAGUAAUUCAUUCUUCUGACUCAUUUACCUUGGCUGUUAGAAAAUCCAGUUUUCACUGCAUCUCAUUCAUAGUAUUUUUAAGUUCAGCCUGAUUAGAUCUCAUUUCUGCCCUUAGAGUUUCUGUAUUUUCAUUAAUACUUUUUUCAAGCUUAGCUAUUGACUUCAUGAUUGCUACCCUGAAGUCUAUCUCUGACAUCUUGCUUAUAUCCAUAUCCAUUAAAUAUGUGGCAGGAGACAUUAUCUCUGGUUCUUUUCUUUGUUGGGAGUUCCUCCUCAUACUCAUUCUGUUGAGGGAUGGUUGAGGGAAUGUACAGAAUCCAAAAUAUUAACCAUGACCCUAGCAAGAUGCACUCUAGGAAACUCCAGAGCAGUUGGAAGCCACCACCAAAUAAACAAAGCCAAAAUGAAACACAAGAAUAAAAUUUAUAAAGUUAAAAUUUUUUUAAACAUUAAUUUUUUUUUAAAAGUGGGGGUGAGAGGAAAGAGGGCUAUAAUCACUCAGUGUGGGCAAAGUAGGGUGUUUCAUUUGUUCCUGGGCAUAUUUUGGUCUGUUUGUUAGAGGAUACUACUUCUCAAAAUUACAGGGAAAGUAAAAAAAAAUAUAUAUGCAUAUAUAUAUAUCUCAUAUUGAAUAGGGUAAAAAGGACUACAAUGAAGCAUAUACCUAUAAAAAUAUAGGUGUGAAAAAGUACAGGUUAAAAAGCUACUGUGAGGGGUGCCUAGGUGGCUCAGUCAGCUAAGCAUCUGCCUUCAAUUCAGGUUGUGAUCCCAGGGUCUUGGGAUCAAGUCCCAUGUCAGGCUACCUGCUCAGCAGGAGGCCUGUUUCUCCCCCUCCCUCUGCCUGCUACUCUGCCUACUUGUGCUCUUUAUCUCUGUCAAAUGAAUAAGUAAAAUCUUUUUAAAAAGUAACAACUGCUAUGAAAUAGAAGUUGUUGUAUUAAAGAUCUGGUUGAAAUGAAAAAAAGGUAAAAAGAAAAAACAGAAGUGUAAAAGAAAGAAUAACAAAAAAUAGAAAGUUGUAUUUGAAAAAUAAAUAAGCUUUGAGGCAAUGCCUGGAGCUUAAUAUAUUUUCCCCUGAUAUUGGGAUUUUACAAUCUUAUGAGAUCCAUAAUAUUGUUGUCCCUUUGUUCUUCCAUCCUGUCUUCUUGGGGGAGGGUCCUCCAUGCUGUUUCUCAGGCAACCCUGCUUAGGAGGAGUUGUGCUGCCCCUGACAGGGGAUGAGCUCACUGGAGCUUUUGUUUUUAUUUGAGCUUUUGUUCUCUGGUGGCUUUCUGUACCUCUUCAGAGGGUCAGAGCAAAAAUGGCUGCACCCAAACCUCUGUCCCAGAACAGAGAAAUCGCAGUCUGCUCUUCAUGGAGCCCUCUAGAACAGAGUCUCUGUUUCUGUAUGUGCUGCUGAAAACUGCAGCCUCCUGUGGUGCAUGUCCACAGUGACUCUCCCAGAGGUCAUCCCAAGGGCCCCCUCAUGUCCCUGCUCUUUGUGCUUCUAAAAUGUCAAGAAGCCGUGGGCUCGUGCAUGCACCCUCAGCUCCUGUCAUGUGUGGGCACCGUUCUAAAGCCCUUUCCAAGCUGCUACUGCUCUGAAAGUUUUUGCUGACCCUGGCUCACUAUGCUUUUGUGCUCCAGUGUUAUAUCUCUUUCUAGAAGCCAGCUUAUGGUGGUUCUUGCCCCCUUCUGCUUAUCUUCUGAUAUAUUCCCUCAGAGUCACAAGUCAUGACUCUGCCCUUCCCACCUUGUGACAGGCCCUGCUUUUCUGCUUGCAGAGAUCCCAGUACAUUCUUACACCUCAGGCUGAUUUUGCAGGUGUUCAGAAUGGUUUGGAAGAUAUCCAGCUAAAUUCAGGGGACUGGUUGAAAUGGGGUCCGCUACUCCUCCCUUCUCUACCUUUUCUUUCUUGUCCUUCAAUAUUAUGAUUUGGGCUUGUCCUUAAUUCCUACACAAUUAGUGUAAUUUUAUUCUUACCUUUCCAACUCUGCCCCCUUUUAACCUUCCCAAUCAUGCAGGGAUCUGUGAGCAAGAGGAACCACUGAGGCCAGGAGAGAUAGGAGCAAGGGAGCAGCUACUAUGGCAUCUAAACUCCUGACAAACAUAAAGGAGGAGGUGACCUGUCCCAUCUGCCUGGACCUCCUGAAGGAACCCCUGAGCCUGGACUGUGGCCACAGCUUCUGCAAAGCCUGCAUUACUGCAGCAAACAAGGAGUCCAAGACAAGCCAGGAAGGGAAGAGCACCAAUUGCCCUGUGUGCCAAUUCCAUUACUGCGCUAAGGAGCUGCGGCCUAACUGGCAUGUGGCCAAUAUAGUGGAGAGGUUCCGAGAGGUCAAGGUGAGCUCUGAGGAGGGGCAAAAGAGAAAUCUCUGUGAAUACCAUGAAGAGAAGCUCUUGCUCUUCUGUAAGAAGGAUGGGAAGGUCCUUUGCUGGGUUUGCGAGCGGUCUCAGGAGCACCGUGGUCACAAAACGGUCCCCAUGGAUGAGGCUGUCCAAGAGUACCAGGAGAAGCUCCAGACAGCUCUGCAGAAGGUAAGGGAGGAGCAGCAGGAAGCAGAGAUGUUGAAAGCUAACCUCAGAGAACAGAGAACCUCCUGGAAGAAUUAUAUGCAAAAUGAGAAAAGGUGUAUCCAGACACAGUUUAAAAAACUGAAGACUAUGCUGGAGCAUGAGGAGAAGAACAUAGUGCAGAUGCUGGACAGUGAGGAGAAAACUACUCUCGACUCCUUGGACUCAGUGGAGGAUGAGCUGGCCCAGCACAGCCAGAUGGUGAAAGACCUGAUUUCAGAACUAGAGCAUCGGCUUCAGGAGUCAACAGUAGGCAUGCUGCAGGAUGUGUAUUCCGUCAUGGAAAGGAGUAAGAACUUGACUCUGAAGAAACAAAAAGCUUUUCUCAAGGAACAAAAGAGAGUGUCCCAAAUUCCUGAUCUGGAAGUGAUAAUGCAAAUAUUUAGAGAUUUAUUCAUGAGAGAGAGAGAGAGAGAGAACAAGAGGAUGGGCAGAGGGAGAGAAAGAAGCAGACUCCUCCCUGACCAGGGAGCCCAACAUGAGGCUCCACCCCACAACUCCAAGAUCGUGACCUGAGCUGAAGGCAGAUGCUUAACCUACUAAGCCACCAUGCACCCCUGAGUAUCUUGAUUUAUUAAUAAAUAUUUGCUACUAAAAAAUACAAACUGUGUCAGUGUCUCAUGAAAUUCUAUGGGAUUCAGUUUUCUCAUUUGUUAAAAAAAAGAAAGGAAGAAAGAAAUAGAAAAGAAAGAAAGAAAAAAAAUGUACCUGAU